AAAAAUAUCCAGCUAAUGCUUAUUUUGUUAAACGUUUUACAGAAACUCGAGUACAUAUUGUAUCAGAGAAUCUUGACCAAUAUACCUGUGGUUGUCUGCACAUUUUUUCUCGUUGGAAGCUACUCCGUACUGUUGUUUAAGGAAAUCAAGAAACUUCGUGUUCAAGGCCUUCUUGGAUUUCGAUGUGUGCUGGAAAAAGAAGAGGCCACAACAAUUAACCUGGCCGGCAAAACAGAGAGAGCUCAUGUUAACCUUCUGUUCUCUAAUCACCUACACCAGGCAGGGAAAAGAUCACCUAACCCAAAUGGCAACUGGUAUGAUUCACUGAAGAACUGGAUAUACGUCACACGCCCAGGUGGGGUAAAACGUUCUAAAUGA